AACACUUUCUAUUAAUAGUUUAUUUUCUACAUUUAAUAUUUUUUUUAUUGCAAGAUGAAUUCAUCUCAGAAAGCCAGUUAUCAUGCAGGAGAGGCUAAGGGUCAAACUCAGGAGAAAGCUAGCCAAAUGAUGGACAAAGCUAGAGAUACUGUCCAAUCUGCCCAACAAUCCGUUCAGGAGACUGGACAACAGAUCAAAGCUAAGGCACAAGGAGCUGCAGAUGCAGUGAAAGAUACUUUUGGAGCAAACAAAUAAAUUAUUGGAAAAAUUCAGUUCUAAUUAGUAAUUUAAGUUCCAUAAAGUGUUGGUUAUCCAACCUGGAUUUUUUAGUUAAUUUUUUUAUUUUAUUUUAAUUUUCAUGUUAAGAUAAAGGCAUUAAUUGCCACAGUGAAUUUUUCAGUCAGUUAAUAAUAUGAUUUCACGGUUUGAAACUA